AAUCUAUGGUUUUAGUAUAGUUGUGCAGUGUUGUGAGCUUAGCGUGGUAUUAUUUGAUGAAAUCAAAGUUACAGUUGGUGGAUAUAUAGUAUUAAUUGUUAAUUAGUGUUUAUUGUGAGUUACGUUAGUAAUACAGUCUUAUAAACAAUUAUGGAAUUGUUGCAGGGCGGCAACCCGGGAGCGCUGCAGCCGCCGCUGCCCCCCGGUAUGAUGGCGCCGCCCGCCGCGCCCCUGCCCGGCAUGGCGCUGGGCAUGCCCGGGCUGGCGGGGCUGCCCGCGCUGGCCGGGCUGCCCGGGCUGGCGGCCAGCCUGCCCGGCGGUGUGCCCGGUGAGUAGCGCGCGCAGCGCAGAAGGCGGGCAGCGCGGCCUCGGAGUCUCUCCCGAACCAUUCGUUGUGUCGAUUCGAAACCGUCCUCAGUGAUCAGUGUUUCUGCUUUCUGUUUCAGGCUAGAUAUAAGUUAGGUUAUUGCUAUACGCUAGGGCGCGCCGCCGACGCGUCGGCUGCGGAGCGGCGCCGGCAGCUCCUCGCCGCUGUGACAAUGUACCUACUUGCCAAUGUACCUACUUCCUUAUACCGCAUUGUCCCCGCGUGCCCGUGCCCGUGUGCCAGCGAUGUGUGCGAGGCGUGUGUCUGCGUCCACUGAUCUUUGCCACUUGGACGCAAUCGACUCCGACUCAUCCAAACUUGCUUUUACAGGUGGUUUCCCGUCGGCGCCAAUCUACGACUUGCAGCAGGUCGGAGAUGUGUUCACAGGUCCGGGCGCCAAGUGCUCGACGCUGCCCGCCAUCCUGGGCGGCUCGCUGCCGCGUCUGUCGUCGGAGCAGGCCGAGGCGGUGGCGCGGGCCAAGAAGUACGCCAUGGAGCAGAGCAUCAAGAUGGUGCUGAUGAAGCAGACGCUGGCCCACCAGCAACAACAGAUGGCCUCGCAGCGCACGCAGGUCCAGCGCCAGCAGGCACUCGCGCUCAUGUGCAGAGUAUAUGUGGGCUCGAUAUCAUUUGAGUUGAAGGAGGACACGAUACGGCAGGCAUUCCUUCCGUUCGGGCCGAUCAAGUCGAUCAACAUGUCGUGGGACCCCGUCACACAGAAGCACAAAGGUUUCGCCUUCGUCGAGUACGAGAUCCCCGAAGCGGCGCAGCUCAGCCUCGAACAGAUGAACGGAGUCAUGCUGGGCGGCAGGAACAUCAAGGUGGUCGGCCGACCCUCCAACAUGCCUCAGGCGCAAGCUGUCAUUGACGAGAUCCAAGAAGAAGCCAAGCAGUACAACCGCAUCUAUGUUGCAUCCAUCCACCCGGAGCUCACUGAAGACGACAUCAAAAACGUUUUCGAAGCCUUCGGUCCGAUCACAUAUUGCAAGCUGGCCUACGGCGCGUCCGCCCACAAGCACAAAGGUUACGGGUUCAUAGAGUACGCCACGCUCCCCGCCGCGCUCGAGGCCAUCGCGUCCAUGAACCUGUUCGACCUCGGCGGGCAGUACCUGCGCGUGGGGCGCGCCAUCACGCCGCCCAACGCGCUGGCCGGGCCUCCCCAGCCCUCCGCCAUGCCCACCGCCGCCGCCGUCGCCGCCGCCGCCGCCACCGCCAAGAUACAGGCCAUGGACGCCGUCGCCAGCAACGCCGUCGCGCUCGGGCUCACCAAGCUCAACGCGCUCGGCGUCUCCCCCGCCGCCGCGCUGCCCUCGCUGGCCGCCGCGCUGCCCGCCGCGCUGCCCGGCGCGCUGGCCGCGCUGCCCGCGCUGCCCGCCAUGCCGGCGCUGCCCGCCAUGCCCGCGCUGCCCGCCAUGCCGGCGCUGCCCGCCAUGCCCGCGCUGCCCGCCAUGCCGGCGCUGCCGGCGGCCAGCCUGCCGGCGGGCGCGGCGCUGCCGCCGCCGGGCGUGGUCAUCCCGGCGGCCAGGCCGUCGCCGGCGCGCGACGCGGGCGAGGGCCAGCAGGCCGCGCUGCAGCGCAAGUUGCUGGACUCGUCGCCCGACACGCUGCAGCAGCAGGAGUCGCUGAGCAUCUCGGGCCAGUCGGCGCGCCAUCUCGUCAUGCAGCGCCUCAUGCGGCGCCGCGCCUCGCGGACCGUCUUGCUCUGCAACAUGGUGGAGGCCGAAGAGGUCGACGAGGCGCUGCACCACGAGAUCCAGGAGGAGUGCUCCAAGUGGGGGCGCGUCGAGAGACUCGUCAUCUACAACGAGCGCCAGACGGAGGACGACGACCCCGCCCACGCCAACGUCAAGAUCUUCGUGCAGUUCGCCGAGCCCGACGAGGCGGUGGCGGCGGCGGGGGCGCUGAACGGUCGCUACUUCGGGGGGCGGACGGUCCGCGCCGCGCUCUACGACCAGGACCUCUUCGAGCACGGCGACCUCUCCGGCUAGCUGAGGCCGCCCCGCCCCACGCGGGGACUCUACUUAUAAGUUCUAAUGUGAUAACUCUUUCAAUAAAAUAUGCUCAUUCAUAUCUUUAGCUUUUUCUUUUCUUUGAUCGUGAAAUACAAUCUGAUGAAUUAAAGUACCAAGAUUUUAUAAUUGUACCAUAAUUGCACUGCAUGUUUUUUUGUUUUGAAAUUCAAUAUUUUAUUAUUUUGUCCCUGGCGCGACAUUAUGCUAAAGAGUGGAGGGUAAGGACUGGGCCUCCUUUGAAGCGAUUUUCUUCUGUGAUGCAAUA